AUGCACGGAGAACGUGUAUCAGCCCGACAGAGGAUAUUUGUGUUGGCGCAGGAACUUGCUGAAGAAGGUGACGACGCGGAUUGGUCGAAGCUGGUUUUGCAAGUUGACAAGUACCGAGACAAAUUGUUGCAGGCGUGGAAGGCUGGAAAUGAUGAAUUGGGAGCUGAGAUAAGACCCCCAUCGUGGAAUUUCUGGGGAAGCCUCUACUACUGCAUCACUCUCUUUACAACAAUAGGUUAUGGCAAUGUGUUUCCUAGCACCACGACUGGGAGAAUUGUAACCAUUUGUUACGGCAUAAUAGCCAUUCCCCUCUGUUCAAUGGUGAUUUCAAGGCUCUCCAAAGAGAUAGCGAGGAUCCUCAAGGCAAUCUACCUCAUGACUCUCGACACCAGCGGAAUCCCUGUUGGUCUGCGCGAUGCCUACAACCGAGCAGGGACCGAUUUCGACUUUUCGCUUAUGACAAGUUCUGGACUGCUUGCACUGUACGCGGCGUUCAGUGGUGUUGUCUACUGCUGGGGAAUCGUGGAGACAGCAGACGAAUGGAGCCCUUUGGACGCCGUCUACUUCUCGUUCACAAGUAUAACUUCCAUCGGUCUGGGCGACCUUGUUCCCACCUCAGACGUAUUCCUGAACGUCUUCUCGUUGCUGUACAUUAUCGUUGGGCUGGCUGUAAUGAAUCUCUUCUUUUCGCGUCUCAUCCAACUAGCCGAGGCCCAACUUGAGCGGCUGUCUGGGGGCGCCGGAGGUUCUGCCGCCUCGCAAACACUAACUGGGAAUCACAUGCAGGCUCGUUACGCUAUUGGAGGUGGCAGAUCACCUGCGGGCACCACACAAUCAAACGCUUCUGCGUCACCCACAAACUAUCACUAA